AGACACAACUGGCUCUUGCCGUCAACCGGCGAUGAUGGACUACAGCCUGAGCAAGGCCAUGCGCCACUUAUGCACGUCGCCGUGUCCGUGCCAAAAGUGCAGGGCCAGCAGGAUGUCGCAGGGCAAUGUCGGAAGUCCCUGCAGACCCAGAUCUCCUGCUGGCUACGGGGAACCUAGAGAAGCUCCCCCAGGGGGCAGCGGACUCAGCUCAGAUUCCAGGCACAUGAAUACGUUGGAGGAGCAGGUGCCGCACGGCACCGGCGAUUUGGUGGGCAGUGCGGACAUGCGCUGCGAUGAGACCUACGGCUAUGGGACGGACUGUGCCUCCGGAUUUACUAGUCGCACGCAGUCGGACAUAUACCUGCCACAGCAGGUGGCAAGCAGCGUGGCCCUCGCUGCACUUAGAGGCGGAGGAUUAACAGGAGGGAUGAGCGCGUUCGAGGACAGCGGUUUUGGGGUACCAAGCGCUUCCGGCGGUGGCUUGAGCGGCUGCGGAUCCAGAGAAUACAGUUACAGUGCCACUGGGACUGUGGACAGUGGAUUCUAUGGUGGCCGGGCGAGCGUCUCGAGAGCUGGCGCAAGCCUGUUCGGAAGAGCGAGCGCCUUCGGAAUGGCACGCGGUCGGGGUUUAGUAGAGACUGAAGACACAUAUGGGAGACCCCCCAAUAACAACAACAGCCCCGCGGACUUCAAUCUGUUUAGGAACCAACGACUCAGUGACAUUGUCACCUUCAUCAUUGAGAUCAUGGGCGUACUCGUGUUCUUUGCCAUCUGCACGAUCAGCUUCUGGAUCACCCUGGGCUACUAUGUCGUCAAGCUAUUUGUGGACCUCAAGGAUGCGGACAAGUGGGUCCAAACGGCAGCGGGCAUCGUAGUGGGCGUGCUGCUGCUUGCCUUUUUUGUGACGGUGGUCACGAACCAAGAGGGAGGCUUCUGCUGCCGCGGGAAGAGUCGUGUGAGGGCCAACAGCAACUGUUUUACUAGGCUCAAGAGCUUGUUCAACUUCUGCCCCAAGGCCGCGCCAAAGGUAUGCAAGGCAGCGGCACCCGUCAAGCCACAGGCCGUAUGCCCCAAGGCUAAGACACCAACAGGCGCCCAGUGUACAGCAUCGAGCAGCAUCAUGUCAAUGAUCUGGCCCCAAAAGGUAAAGCCACUUCCGGGCAAGAAACCCAUCAAAUGCUGGCUGGGCAAAUGCGACAUCAAGGGCACCUCCUGUCCCAAAAAAGUGCGCUACAGCGACAAGCAGGGGCGUGCCAUUUUCAAGAACUCCAAGCGGUAUGCCAUACCCUGCGAAAUGAAGCAGCCGCCGGCAUUGAUCGUCUGGUUACAUGAUGUGUUUGCGCGCCUGAUGGGUUACUAAAAGACAAUAUCGGAUCCAAGCAGCAGCAGGAACGGUAAUUGGGGGAAGCG